AUGUUUACAUGUCGAGCAUGUACCAGGAGAUGCCUACAAGCACUCAUCGGAGAUUCAACAAUCCAUAGUACAAAUUCACAGCUCAUAAUCCCCCAAAGACAACUUUAUAGAUCAUUUGCCACGAAUGCGACGGAUUCUGAUAGUUACACCUAUCAGCCUAUCUCACAAGAUGAAGAGUUUUCCGAGCCAACGAAGAGCAGGACGGCCAAAAGACAGGAAUGGCUAGAUUCGAGGGGACAGAGGCCCGCAGACAAACAGCCUGCACCUGUUGAUCCACGUAUCGAUAAUAAAUUUAUUUGGAAGCUUAAACAACUGCAAGAUCCAUUGCAGCUUGCCGACUAUGUACGGAAACUUCUGUCGGAGGAUGAUUUUGAGAAGGCAUUGCUUUAUGUUCGAUCCGCAAGCAAGAACGUUGAGUGUGUUGUUAGUUGGAACCAUUUGAUUGAAUGGCAAUUCAGCAAGGGACUAUUGAACCCAGCACUUAAAACAUUCAAUGAGAUGAAAAAACGAGCGCAAUUUCCAGAUGCGCAAACUUUUACUAUUAUUUUUAAAGGCUGCAGCGAGAGUCCUCAUACCAAACCAGCCUUCGAGAAAGGAUUGGCGAUUUAUACUUCGAUGCUCUCUGCUGGUUCUCGUUUACGACCGAAUACUAUUCACAUGAAUGCAGUACUUAGACUUUGUUCGAGGGCAGGCGAAGAGGAGGCUUUGUUAGGAAUUGCUUCUCAAAUGCCUGCUGAGGGGAAUCGCGCACCAGAUAACCUCACUUUUACGACCAUUCUGAACGCAUUUCGCAUGAAGGUUAUGAGGCAGCGAGACAUGCCUGAAGAGGACUUUUUGAAAAUGAAAGAGAAAAUGAUAGCUAGUGCGCAUCGAAUGUGGGGGGAUAUUUAUACUCGUUGGCGCAAAGGAGAUAUAAUGGUCGAUGAAGAGCUUGUCUGUGCUAUGGGCCGGACGUUACUACUUGGUUCAGAAGAAGACAAUGAUGAUGUUUUGUCCCUUGUUCAGCAGACAAUGAACAUUCGACGCCAAGUACCUCAGCGAGGUACAAAAUCUCGAAAGAAGAUCGAACCGGGACUACAAGGGCAGUCCAGACCUGAUGAUAAUAAGGGAGUAGCCGAGAUAAAAGGCGGUGAUAUAGAUCCUCCUAAAGAUCUUGAAAACAUAUUUUCUAGCUACGGAACUGCAGUGGCUUCAUUGCCUAAGUCGCAUGUAUACGCUACUCCAGGACCAAACACAUUAUCUAUGAUAAUGAAAGCAUUGCUAAAAUUAUCUAAAAAGGACGCUGCAACAAAGUAUUGGCAGCUCUUCACAAAAGAAUUGGGCAUUGUACCUGAUGCGGAUAAUUACCAUAGAUAUCUGAGAAUUCUCCGGGUUUCUCGAUCGAGUCGAGAGGUCCUGGAACUCUUACAAACAAUGCCCAAAGAAGCCUUGAAACCCGAAACCUUUCAACUCGCCAUGAGUACUUGCGCUCGGGAUAAAAUUAAUCCCAAUGUCUUCACCACAGCUGGAAAGAUCCUCGAUAUAAUGCAGAUGCACCUCCCAGUCCCAGACAUCAAAGCCCUAGUAACCUACAUGGACGUCGCCGUCUCUUCCUCUCUCAUCCGCAAAGCCUCUGGCAACCGGCCCACCAAAUACGAACAAGGCAAACAAAUCUCCCGCGCCCUCGAACGCGUAGGUCCCUCUUACCUCAACCUUCGCGCUCUCGCUACCUAUGGAAAUCCCACCGCCACCGAUGAUAACUUCCAAAACCAAGAAUUCAAAGACCAAGUUCUCUUUCUUAUCCGUCGCAUCAUAGGCGCUUACGAUACGCUCAUCGACAAAGGUCUUGUGUCCCGCGACACUUACACGGAGAUCUAUGCACGUCGCAAUAAACUCAUGGCCUACGAAGAACGUGCUAAACAACAGCAGGACGGUUCUAAAAAAUACCCAGGCCGCUUCAAGUACAAGCUCGAGCCCAAAGAUGAUGAAGAACUACCAAAGUCUAUCGAUGACCGCACUCAUAAAUUCCAAAAGCCAAUCGAUCGCCGCACUCAUGAAUUUUCAAAAAUGCAAUUUAAAAAGGCAGUCAAGGGGGGCUUGGCUCCAUUCGCUGCUACUCAGGGUUAUGUGGCGCGUGUGCAACCGUUUGCGAGUAGGAAGUCAAACGUUGGAGCUCCGGCGUCGUUUGCCAACAGGAAGCCAACUACUGAGACAUCUGCCAGUUUUUAA